AUGAUCAGAAAAGAGGCUUAUGUGCACAAGAGUGUAACGGAAGAACUGAAGAGAAUUAUUGAUGACAGUGAAAUUACAAAAGAAGAUGAGGCUUUGUGGCCUCCCCAUGAUAGGGUUGGCCGACAGGAGCUUGAAAUUGUCAUUGGAGAUGAGCACAUAUCUUUUACCACAUCAAAAAUAGGUUCUCUUAUUGAUGUAAAUCAGUCAAAGGAUCCUGAAGGCCUUCGAGUAUUUUACUAUUUGGUACAAGACUUGAAAUGUUUAGUUUUCAGUCUCAUUGGAUUACACUUCAAGAUUAAACCAAUUUAA